AGCGUCACGUGAUUUAAAAACAAGAAAUCUCUCCUUUUCUCUCCCUUUCUCAGUGGUGGGAGGAGCCAGAAAAGCGUCCCUUGCGAGAGGAAAGCGCGUCGCCUCAGGCUGGCCGCGCAUGCGCAGCUGGCCUUAGCUGUCAUCCGCGUACGGAACAACAAGUCCUACUUGGUCGGCGAAGGGGACGCGACGGCAGGAGGGCCUUUUAAGCUCCGGCGGCUCCCUCUCGAGGCACAGGCCGGGCAGGUUGAAAGAAAUCUGUUUUUGGGUUGAUGUAGAAGACAGAUAUCAAGACACAGCAGGUAUAACAUUGAACAGCCAUGGCUGCUCAACCGUCAGAACCUCCACCAAAUCCAAGCUGUAAAAUUAUGACUUUUCAGCCUACAAUGGAUGAGUUCCGAGAAUUUAACAAGUAUUUGGCUUAUAUGGAAUCAAAAGGAGCUCAUCGUGCCGGAUUGGCAAAGGUGAUUCCUCCUAAAGAAUGGAAGCCAAGAAAAAGUUAUAAUGACAUUGAUAAUCUGAUAAUUCCGGCUCCAAUUCAACAGAUGGUCACUGGUCAGUCAGGUCUCUUUACUCAAUAUAACAUUCAGAAAAAGCCAAUGACUGUGAAGGAGUUUCGACAACUUGCCAAUAGUGACAAAUAUUGUACUCCAAGACAUUUGGACUAUGAAGACCUAGAGCGAAAAUACUGGAAGAAUUUAACUUUUGUAGCACCAAUCUAUGGAGCAGAUAUUAAUGGAAGCAUAUACAAUGAAAAUGUUAAGGAAUGGAAUAUUGCUCAUCUCAAUACAAUAUUGGAUAUUGUAGAGGAAGACUGUGGAAUCUCAAUUGAGGGAGUAAACACCCCAUAUCUGUAUUUUGGCAUGUGGAAAACAACAUUUGCAUGGCACACUGAAGAUAUGGAUCUCUACAGUAUUAAUUAUCUUCAUUUUGGAGAACCCAAAUCCUGGUAUGCUAUCCCUCCAGAACAUGGAAAACGACUUGAGCGACUAGCUCAAGUGUGCUGUAAUGAUUUGAGUGUUGGACUAGGAUUCUGGAAACCAGAGUUUGAAUCCCUGAUUAAAACCCACUGGGGACCAUGAGCAAGUCAUACUCUCUCAGUCUCAGAGGAAGACAAAGGUAAAAGCCAACUGAACAGACAUUGUGAAGAAAAACCAUGCUAGGUUCUCCAUAAGUUGGAAACAACUUGAAGCUACACAACAACAAAAGUGUGAUUAUUAAAACGGAGGAGUAAUUCUAGAAAUAAUAGUAUAAUCUGUAAUACUGAUGAUCAUCUUUAAUGAGUGGUUUGUAGCUCUGAUUUGGAAUAUUAGAAUCCAAGAGUGGUUAUUCACUAAAUUUUGGGGUGAGGGUGGAGACAAUCUGUUUUAUUACUGGGAGAAUGUGUAUGUAAUUUCAAUGCUCUAGUCACUGUCCAUAAAAAUUACAAUGGAAAAUUUUAAAACAAGCUGUUUUAAAAUGAUGGAAAUGUCACGACAGCCUCACAGCUACAAUUUGCAUAAUCAGCAAAGGUUAAUAAACUUGCAGAGUGAAUAGAUUUCAGGCUUAAUUACAUAUUUAUAUUAAAAGUGUUGCAUAGAGUUGCAGCAUCUAAAAAAAGCUGUGAGAUGUAGGAAGGCUGGUCCUGCUUACCAGAUGCCUCCUGAAUUAAUUGAAUUUUCCUAAAUAAUUAAAAUGCUAAAAUAAUGCAGUAAAUGUGGUGAAGCAUUGCAGGUUAUCUAGGUCAAGUCAGUACUUGAUACAUAAAAUUAAAAGAAGGCUAGGAUUUUUUCCAUUAUCUUGUCUGCCCAUCAUAAUUAUCACAUUGCCUUUUAUGCAUGAAUGCUUUCAUCUUUGGAAUCCAUUGAAAACUUGAUUGACUAUGGCACCUACAAAUAUUUUAUCUGAAUGAUAUUAGACUUGCACCUAAUAAAAGCAGCAGUUUGAUUUUGCCCUUCAGGUACUUUCUCAUUUAUGUGAUUCUUUCAAUUUUAUGUAGAUACAAAUGUAAUAAAAAUCUCAAGUGAGCUGUUAUUGCAGUUUUGAAACUAGUAAUGCGCCUUUCUAAUAUCACUGAAUUCUUCGGUAGUGAAAUGCUUGGUUGGAAAAUAUAAAGAAAAAUGAAAGUUACAGAAAGAGAUUUAGGUGGUCUAUUCUGUAUUCACUAGGGUAGCUUAAAAACAGACAUCUCAUUAAGAUGUUCAGUUAUGUUUGGCAAAGUUGCAAUGGAAACAAAUUUAUUUCACAGGUAUUCUGUGAGAUUAAUGAAUAAUGGUUGAGAAAUCCCACUUCAAUUUGUAGAUAUGUCAGUCUGUUCCAUUCAAAGAUUAUUUUGUUUAAAUUAAAAUGUGUGUAUUUAGUUACCUUUAUAUUUUAAUAUUACCUCUGUAGUUGCUAUAUUUUGGGGUAGAAGAUUAAAAUACUUAUCUCAUGAGUAUUGUAACUCUGGGUAUAUAGCUUCUUGAGGAAUAAGAUGAGUACAAACUGCUGUUUUACACAGAUAUAUACACAGAGCAUAUAAAAUUUACCAAGGUGGCAAUCUGAUAUAGCUUUAAGCCCAAUGAAAUGAGCAAGUUUAAAUCUGCAUUAGAAUGUGCUUUAUGGUUAUUUAUUACAUUUUUUCAACACAGGGUUUUAGUGGAACUUCUGUUUCACUAUUAUAAAGUGCAGCAAUGUAUUUGCUUCCUAGCUUCGACUGCCUGCGGAGUGACAGAACAAUUUUUCAGUACCUUCAGGCUGUAAUCUCCAUGCAUGGGCCUGUGUGUUCAGUUGCUGCCCAUUGCUUCCUGUUAUGUGGAUUGAAGUUUUCAGACUGUUAUAAUGGCUCUAGAUGUUGAACUGACUCAUCCAAGAAAUGAAAUUUCUUAUUGUGCCAUCUAUUUCUUCUUUAAAUCUGUACUGAUUUACUCUAAAGAGGCUUUGGUUUGUUCCUACUGCUAAUUUAUUUCCGUCUCUUUUAUUGCCUGUUUUGUAGGGUACGUUUUAUAUGCUUUAAACGAACCUUUAAUAAGGUAUAUAGCAGAAGGCACUGAGGCUUUAUAAAUCAUGAUGGUGAUUUUUAUUACGAUGUAAUGAUCAUACUGGUGGAAAUGAAAUAUAUGUUUUGCGGCCUAAGGUUAUUUAUCUAAAUUGUGCACCAACAGUUCCUUCAGAAGUGGGGCAACAUAAAACCCUACAUUAGAGGAAGCCGUUUUUGGUAUUUUAAAGAGCUUCUUUUGAUUUUUUAUUCAAAACAUUAAAGAAGUGUGUGGAAAAUCAAUUAGCUCUGAAUUUUAAUAAAAUUUGACACACUAAUUAGCUCUCAUAGGCUCCAGAGGAUUUGAUUGUUCUUCAUUGUUCUUCCAUCAUUGAUGUGGUGACAACUUUUCUGUUAUCUCAAUUUACAAAUUUCUUAGGAAUAUUCAUUGCUGAGGUUGUAGACUCAGUUACAAAGGAGGAUUACCCUGUUCUAAUAUGCUUCAAGAAUAGUUCGGUGCUAUUCAGAUCCUUGCAAAUGUAAGAACUUAAAAUGUGUACAAAUAAAAGGAUAUUUAGCAUUUAUGUAGCCACUACACUAUUUCACAUGCUCGUCUUUUAAUAGCAGGAGUGGACUUGUGGCCCUUCUGUUUCUCUUCUUUUUGAUUUUGUUUUUUUUCUUUUCUUUUGUUGUUGCUGGGUCCCCUCCCUCCACACACUAUUUUUGACAGCAUUUGGAAUAUUCUCGGACAGAAAAUUUGACCAUGAAAGUUUUCAUCUUCUGCCCUAAGAGUGCACUUGGACACAAGAAAAUAACCCCCAAAUCCCUUUGAGCAAGAUCUUAAUAGGUUAUAAAAACAGGACUUGGGAUGAUCAAAAUCCAUAUCACUUUCCUGCUUUUCCGCUCAGGAUGCAGAAAUUAAACUCCUCCUCUCAUCAAAUUUCAGGAUCCUUUAAAAGAAGGUGAAAGUGUUUGCAACAAGAUGUUUCCCCGCCUUAGUCUAUAUGUUCAUCUUGCUACUCAAUGCAUUGCAUUCAGCUUUCAACUGUGAGGAGACUCAGGAGGGAGGUGAAUAUCCAUUUCAUCUAGCCAUUCAGUUGACUACACAGUUAUAAGGCUGUGUAUUAUCCUUAGUCAACAUGAAUAAGGAUAGACAUAUUGCACAUUGUUUGCAAAACAUACAUUUCCACUUAAACAAUGUUGAACAACAUGAAAAGAGCACUUCUGUAGAGAACUGGGCUAUUAACAUCCCACAUUUCGUUACAUCUCCUUGUUCUUUGCUUUCAAAUAGUUGGUGCUCUGAAAUGGAGAUAAUCUUUUCCCUAAACACCUUUAAAACUUGUUAAAGACAUUAUACUUACGUGGGAGGAAAUUGUUUAACAUUAAGUCUGAGAACUAGUCUUGCAUUUCAUUAUGUAUAUAAGUGUGUUUACAUAAUAUAUUUACAUACUAUACAUAAUAUUUUGAUGUGUAAUAGUUUGUAUUGGCUUUGUCACAAUGAAGUGAGUGAAGCUGUGGUUUGAAUUUGCUAAAUGUGGAAUACAUAAAGUGAGAUGAUAACCUUUGUAUAAUGGUCAAAUUUGAUGAGACAUUGAGUCUAUAGUUGAAUCUCUCAUUUUUUAAAGUUAAAAUAGACAGUUACGAUUAUGGGGCGCAAUCCAAGUGUUACUCCUUUGUUCUUUUCUGUUUUAAGUUGUCAUCACAAAUUUCUUUUUGUUCUACAGAGGAAACAUCAGGUGUUUUUAUUGUAUCUUGAUUGUUCUCCCUGUGGAGUAAACAGAAACUUUAGAGGAGGUUGAUAAGACUGAGAAACAACACCUAGCCGAAGUAACACUCCCCUGAUUGGAUUUUGCUGUUGGAUCCACACUACUGUAACCUACAAACUAUAAAUAUUAGAAUAGAAUUAAAUGCUACCGUUAGUCAAACAAUUAAGUUUAAAUCUGAAUAAAAUAAACAAAUAAAACACUGUUAAAAACAAUUCAAAUACCAUGCAGAAAUAUUUUUAAUAUUAUUCCCAUCAUUCUACCACUGUAGCUUUUUUACUUUCAGAAUACAAUUAGCCAGGAAACUAGUUGAGAUAGUUUUAGAUCAAUAAUCCUUGAUAUAUUAUCUAGCUUGGCAUUGAAAAAUGCAAAAUUCUACAUUUAGACCACAAAAACCAAAUGCUCAGACAGAGGAUGGGGAAUACAUGGCUCAGCAAUAAAACAUAAGCUUAAAAGCCUCAUUCUUUGGAGGGUUUUAAGCAGAGGCUGGAUGGCCAUCUGUCGGGGGUGCUUUGAAUGUCAUGUUCCUGCUUCUUGGCAGGGGGUUGGACUGGAUGGCCCAUGAGGUAUCUUCCAACUCUAUGAUUCUAUGAUUCUAUAUGAAAAGCAUUAUUGUUUCUUAUAAACUGAAUAUGAGUUAGCAGGGUGAUGCUACGACAAAGAAAGUGAAUGCUAUUGUAGCCUGCAUUACUAGAAGCAUAGUUUCCAAAUUGAUACUACAUUCUGAGCUAGUCAGGUCUCAUCCCCUUAUUUUAGGGGGGAUAUAGACCAGUUGAAGCAAGUUCAAAGAAGGGCAACAGAUAUGAUAAGAGAUAUGGAGAGCAAAUCAUAUGAUAAACAUUUGAAGAAGGUUGGCAUGUUCAGCUUGAUGAAGGAAGACUGAGGGGUGAUAUGAUUGCACUCCUUAAAUAUCUCAAGGGCUCUCAUAGAGAGGAGGGUACAUGUCUCGUGUCCCAUAGAAUAAGAACAAACUUACUUAUUUAAAUUUAUAGAAAGGUAGAUUUCAGCUGAAAGUUAGAAGGAACAACUUAAGAGCAGUUCAAAAAUGGAACUAAUUGUUUAGAAAAGUGGUGAGAUUUCUUUCUCUGAGUGUUAUGAAAAAGAGACUGGGCAGCUUCCUGUUGGGGAUGAUCUGGCUGGGGAUCCUACAUAGAGCAGGGGUUGGACAUAAUAAUAAUAAUAAUAAUAAUAAUAAUAAUAAUAAUAAUAAUAAUAAUAAUAAUAAUAAUAAAUUUCUGACCUGCACCUCUCUCCCUGAAGGGAUCACUCAUAGGGCUCCUUCCAACUCUAUUCUAUGAUGUUAUGGAAUGGGCUUAUGUGAUAGGCUGACUGCAGAAGCCUUAUUCUGGGGUGGGGAUAGGAGUGGAGACUGGGCCAUGUUAUCCCUUGGGCCAUUUUAUCCCUUUCCUCGUCUGGUUGAACGAGACUGAGGGAGCUAACCUCACCCAGCUUUGUCCACCAGGGUAUACCGUGCAGCACCAACCAAGAUCUGGAGGGAGGGGAGGAGGGGUUGCAGUGGUCUAUAAGGAGUCCAUCCCCCUGACCAGGUGCCCCAUCCCGCAGUCUACCUUGUUUGAGUGUGCUCAUAUGAGGGUAGGGGGCCGGGACAGUUUAGGGAUUCUGCUAGUGUACCGACCACCCCGCUGCACUACAGUCUCCCUGCCUGAGCUAGCCGGGGUAGUCUCGGGCCUGGCUUUGGAGUCCCAACGGCUCAUUGUGCUGGGGGACUUAAUAAUAAUAAUAAUAAUAAAACUUUAUUUAUAUACCGCCCUAUCUCCCGGAUGGGACUCAGGGCGGUUUCCAAUCAUAAAAACAACACAAACAUUACAUAGCAACAUAAUAACACAUUAUUAAGCAAAGUAAAAUAAUACAAUUAUAGCAAUAAAUAACACUUACAUGACCUGAUCAAGGGGACGGGAACCAUAAACCCAAUAUAUUAAAAUGUAUCAUUUUAGGCUAGAGAAAUCUUGUGCAAUAUAUUUAGGCCCAGAAAUCGGCGGUAUCGGACUUCAGUGUCCAUGCCGAGACCGCUACUUCCAGUCCGCACUUCAUGGCCACCAUGGCAACCAUGGGGCUGUCCCAACUAGUAUCUGACCCUACCCACAGACCAGGGCACACAUUUGACUUGGUUUUCUGCCAGGGAUGGGAGGAAGGUGAUGGUGUGGAGGAGCUUACCAUUGCUCCGUUUGUGUGAUGAUUCAUGGGCCAUGUAGUCCCAUUCCUAGUGCUGUUGUGACUGAUGAAGAGGAAAACUUGGGUUUUCCACCAUUUCAGCCAGAAAAGGAUCUAUCCCAGCCAGAAAUUGAGCCUUUGCACCUGCAGGAGGCUUGUCUUCCAGAAAUCUGCCAAACAAGCCCUGAGUCGAGUUCUCCCCCUUUUUCGCGCCGUAAUUAUUAUCUCCAGCAAAAAGGAGUGCAGCAGGCUAAUCGCAGGAGCUUGAGAAUUGCAGCAAAGCAUUCAGAUGAUUAAGCCUGCUCCAUGAGAAAUUUUAGGGAGUCAUACAUCUGGACACAGAGAUUGACUUUCGUUUCUGAUUCCCCAGAGAAGUGUUCUCUGGUGGGAAAACGAGGUCUAUUUAGGUUCCUUGCUCCCGAAGGAAUCUUGCGGAGUCAAUUCGUCAGCUACCGGAGCAGCGUGUGUGGACAGCUACUCCUGCUCUCAAGCCUUUGUUCCUGUUCCAAGCCUUCGUUCUCAGCCUUGUUUUCUCCCCGGAUCUUGCCUUGUUUUCCCGGACCUCGCCAAGUAAUUGCCACGGAUCUUGUUCUUGCUCCUCGUUUCCUUGUUGCCUUGAAUCAAGCUUUGUGUUUCAAGAAUCAAGUUAUUUCCCAGCCUUGCUCAAGUUCAUGGACUAAAGGACCUUGUCAUCUCCCCUCACUUGCUUGGCAAGUGAGUGUUUCGGUUAUUGGAUUACAUCUUUGGACGUUAAUAUUUCAUAUUGGACAUUGCUUCUUUGGACUAAUCUUGACCUUUCCUGAAAGGUCUACUUCUGGACUAUUUCCUAUACUUGUUUUUAUUAACUUUAUAUAUUUCCUUAAUAAAGAUAUUAGAUAGAUUCUGGCCUCUGUGUAUGGUUAUUGGUGCUCUGCAGCCUGGGUCGUGACAGUUUGUCAUGGACCGACCAUUACCUGAUCAGGUUUAGACUUACUGCGCCCCCCCCAACCUCCGCAGGGUGGAGGACCGAUUAAAAUGGUCCACCCCAGGAGGCUUAUGGAUCCGGAUAGAUUCCUGACGGCUCUUGGGGAGUUUCCUGCCACCUCGGCUGGUGACCCUGUUGAUGCUCUGGUUGCCCUCUGAAACAAAGAGGCGGCUAGGGCAAUAGACACGAUCGCUCCAGAAUGUCCCCUCUCGAGUACCCGAGCUAAACCAUCUCCUUGGUGGUAUCAAUACCUUGGUAUCAAUACCACUUGGGUAGAGGAGCCUCCAGAUGGCGUAGUGGACUAAGUGACUUGAAGGUUGGGUUGCUGACCUGAAAGCUGCCAGAUUCGAAUCCCACCCGGGGAGAGUGCGGAUGAGCUCCCUCUAUCAACUCCAGCUCCAUGCGGGGACAUGAGAGAAGCCUCCUACAAGGAUGGUAAAACAUCAAAAACAUCCGGGCGUCCCCUGGGCAACAUCCUUGCAGACGGCCAAUUCUCUCACUCCAGAAGCGACUCAAGUUUCUCCUGACACGAAAAAAAAUCUCCUUGGUUCACUGAGGAGCUGGCAGCGAUGAAGCGAAAGAAGAGGGGACUAGAGUGCGUGUGGUGUUCAAAGCCAAACGAACCAAACCGAACAUGGCUAUGUUCCUAUCUUAGGGCAUAUGGCGUGGCAAUAGAUGCUGCAAAGAAUGUUUUCUUUGCAGCUAAUAUUGUGUCCGCAAAGAACUGUCUGGCGGAGCUGUUCCGAGUUGUCAGAGGUUUGUUAUAUCCCGUCCCCCAAGAUGGGAUCCCUGACAACUCGGCAGCCCGCUGUGAAGCAUUUGCUUGGUUCUUUGCGGACGCUUUGAUCCGUUCUGGCUUUGACACCGUAUUAACGGCAGGUUCUGAGGAUGUAGCACAAGCACCUGCUUGCCCUAUUUUAAUGGAUUUGUUUCAAUUGGUUCAGCCUGAGGACGUGGACAAGGUGCUUGGAGAGGUGAGGGCUACCACAUGCAUCCUAGACCCCUGCCCAUCCUGGCUGGUGAGAGAAGCCAAAGGGGGAUUGGCCGAGUGGGUGAAGGCGGUGGUGAAUGCCUCCCUUCGGGAAGGCAUAAUUCCAGCGAGCCUGAAAUUGGCUGUAAUCAAACUGCUGUUGAAAGAGCCAUCACUGGACCCCACUCAAUUGGAUAACUAUCGGCCUAUUUCCAAUCUCUCUGCCAUUUUUCACCUUACAGUUGGUCUGAUAUCCUGUCAUCAUGCAGUAGGCAUGGCCUAGAAUGAAUGCAGUGAUACAGUCUAUUUUAAAGUCUUUAUAGUUCCCCCUUCUUACCACAAAGCUUGAAAAAUGAAUUAGAGUAUAAAGUUAUCUGAAAUGUAGCUGUAUUGUUAGAAUCGCAAUGUGAAAGACUUAUCCCCAUAACAUUAUUUGUAUUUCUAGCAUAAAAGUUAUACAUUUAUAGAGUGGUUAAUGGGCAGUUUUCCCCCUUGGCUCUUGUACAUUUUGUGAGUGUGUCCUCAACCCAUCAUUGUUCAUUAGGCCACAUCUAAUAACGAAGCCAGUUAUGCAAAGCUAUGUUCUCGUUUUCAUGUGCAAAACAUUGGCAAGUAUAGUAUUUCUAAGAAAAAAAAUGUAAUGGUGUUACAAAUGUUAUCUGUUUCAAAUAGUCACAGAAGAUUGGCUUUCAAAGCAUCUAUCUUUCAUUGUGCAUUGUGUUUUCCCCUGUGCUGAGAUGAUAGAGGGCAUAAUUUUCCAGGGUCAUUGUAAAUAUACAUUCUGAACUGAUAUGCUGGGCUUAAUAUACUGUGCAUUACCUUACUCCAGUGGUUUUCCAAUUUAAAUUAACUUAUGACCAGUCACCACAUUUGUUCAGGCCCUGAUUACAAAUCCAUAAAGAAGGAGAUUUAAAUAGACUCUUCUUUCUUCAUUGAUUUUAAUUUAAAAUUUAAUUUAUUUAAUGCAGCCAAAACCUACAGAUUUUUAAAAAGUGUGAUGUUUUCAUUUGAUAUAUGUGGUUAAUAGAUAGGCUUUCUCCUAUUAUUGUAUUUGAAAAUACCAAUCUUGAUAGUGUCUUCUCUAAAACAAAUAGUGCUGACUAGGCAAACAAAGAAUGAUUUGGCAUACUUUUCCUCACUUUUGGUGUAUGAAUCUUUUACAACUAAUGAUUUGGUUGUCUAAAGUGCUGGUAUGAUAAAUCCUGCAUCCAUUUACACAUUUAGAAUGGUUGUCCCUCAGCUGAAAUGACAGUUAGUGGUAGAUGAUGAGCAUAGCAUUGCAACUGAAUGCCUUGAUACAGAUAUGCCACUCGGUUUAUGCUUGGGCCAUGUACACUGUAAGUGUCAGGAUUGGUGAGCAAGGUCUUUUGGAGCUGUCUUGUCUCAUCCCUUAGUUGUCUUCGAGCUCCAAGUUGAGGAUUCUGCCUCAGGUAUGAUGCAGAAUCAAUGUUGUUUCCAAAUCCAAUAUGGGGAGAGUAUCCUGAGAAGAACAACAUUCAUCACGUGACACUAUCCUUGAAGGGAGUCUCUCGUGGUGCAGUGGGUUACACUGCUGAGUUGCUGAACUUUCUGACUGAAAGGUCGGUGGUUUGAAUCCGGGGAGCAGGGUAAGCUCCCACUGUUAGCCCCAGCUUCUGCCAACCAAGCAGUUUGAAAACAUGCCAGUGUGAGUAGAUCUAUAGGUACCGCGCUGGCGGGAAGGUAACGGUGCUCUAUGCAGUCAUGCCGGCCACAUGACCUUGGAGGUCAUGCUGUUUCUUCGGCUUAGAAAUGGAGAUGACCACUAACCUCCAGAGUCGGACACGACUAGACUUAAUGUCAGGGGAAAACCUUUACCUUUACCAUCCUUGAAACUUUUGUUCAGAUUCCUUAUACAGCAUAAAAAAUUGGAAUCUGUAGCUCUACUACGUCACCAAUUGUCUAGACUCCUCAAAAAGCGUCUUUGGAAGCUGCUUUGGAACGCUAGAUGAUAAGGCUCCUACACAUGACCUUGCUGCUUCCAUUUUUUUUCCAGCUAGGCUAUAGGGCUUGUGCAGUCAGCAAGCUUACCUUGCUAUUCAGAGACUUGGUUAAAUUAUGUAAAUGAUUGACAAAAAUACAUGUUUAUGCAACAUAGAGCUACCACUGAAAAUAGCCUUCGCAUGUUCUCUCCUAUUCCACUGUGGUAUCAGUAUACAUUUCCUUGCAUGUUGUUCUCCUGCAUCAUUGGUGGUUGGGAGAAUGGGGCAGGGAAAUGCAUAAACUGUUGACAUCAUGACUCUGAUUAAAUGGUGUAAGUUACUAUAGGGAAAAAUCCUGACGUGGAUUUUGUUUUUAUUAGCAAACUCAUGUGUCAUGGAAAACAGCAUUCUAACUGCUAGAAUGUUUGUCUGAUUGGGUCUUCCAGGGAUAAGCCUCUCAAUCCAAUCUAUACCAAGAACUAUUUACUGUUAUUGACCAGGGGAGGACUUUGGUUCCAGUUGAGUCUAGAUAAAUUUUCUUUCAUAGGCAAUCAGUAUAGUAUUCAGAACCUAAGGUGUUGUUUUUUUGUGAAGCAUCUGAGAACACUGAGCCUUAAAAUGCAGGAUCAAUACCACUUCACAAAAUCAGGGGUAAGAAUGCAAAUCACCAGGAUCUUUUCUGUAGUCCCUAGAGUUCCCUGUUGAAAUGUUGGGAAAAUGUGAAUUUCCACACCAAGAUGCCUGCACAAGCAAUGAUUUUGCAUGAAAACAAAGCUCAGCCUCUACCUACAUAUUUUUUGUUUGGAAAUAGAAUAGAAUAGCUUUACUGUCAUUGUGCUAUUGCACAACAAAAUUAAAUACUUUCCCCAGCACACAUCACAAAAGAAACACCCAUCUCUCCACACUCCAACCCCCACUGCACAGCUCCCAAUGCCACAUCAGUGCGAAACCAUGGAGUUCAACAUAGCCACAGCUCUAGGAUAAAAGCCAUUUCUCGGUUUUUUUGUCCUGUACAGUCUACCAGAUCGCAAUAAUAAUAAUAAUAAUAAAAGAAUAUUCUGGGUGAGUUGGAUCCCCAAGAAUGCUCUGGACUUUCUUAAGGCUGUGGGACCUAUAAAAUAAAGAAAAAGCAAUUGUUAAAGUUUUUCUUUUCUUUUUAAAAAACAAAUAAACUGUACUUUCAAACCUACUUCUAUUUUCCUUUUUGGUUCUGAUGACACCCCUAGUGGAUUUUAAGGUGUGUAAAAAUGUGCCUUUUAUCAGAGGCUUCAACGACAGUAUGUAUAAAUGGGGUUUCUUCUUGUUUAACCGCUUUGGCCUUGCUAGCAGAUGAUUUGUCUCAUAGAGAGCAAUACUGAUCUCCUCCUUGAAAUGACCAACUGAUGUUCCAGACAUAAUCCUUUGUGUGUGAAGUAUUCCUGAUGCUGCAUGCAUUAUAACUCAGCAAGCAAGGUGAACAAAAUGUCCUCUUUCUCAGUUAAAGCAUUUGUUUUUACCAUUAUAAGCACAUAUUAACCAUCAAAUAGGUAGGGAUUUGAUAUGAGAGAUGGUGUAAGAGUUAGGCAACACUCCAGGAAUGUGGAGACUUUUAAGGAUUCUUUAGAUGCAAAAUUUCCCCAUACCUUUCAGUACUAUUUGAGGUUUAUUCAUGUGUUUCUGGCUUUAAAAAUGGUGGUGUUCCCUUUCUAUGCUCAAAAGGUGGCAUACAAUUAGCUCACCUUGAUAUAGAAUCUACUGUAUUUACUAUUAGAAGAGAUGCCAGUAAGUAAUUGCAUAUCUGAUAUAGUGGUUCCUCUUCAAAGUUCUCUGAUUUGAGUUUUGAUAGAAUGAAUGUAAACAUUUAAAUCUUCAAGAAAAGACAUCCAAAUUUCAUACAGAAACAUAAAACCAACAGUGUAAUUAUUGCACUUAAAAUCACCUGGAAAACUUGGUGACGUAUCUAUUUUGUAGACACUGCUGUUGUUAAAUGCACCCAAUGAAAUACAGUAGAGUUUCACUUAUCCAACAUAAACGGGCCGGCAGAACGUUGGAUAAGCGAAUAUGUUGGAUAAUAAGGAGAGAUUAAGAAAAAGCCUAUUAAACAUCAAAAUAGGUUAUGAUUUUACAAAUUAAGCACCAAAACAUCAUGUUAUACAACAAAUUUGACAGAAAAAGUAGUUCAAUACGCAGUAAUAUUAUGUUGUAAUUACUGUAUUCACAAAAUUAGCACCAAAAUAUCACGAGAUAUUAAAAACAUUGACUACAAAAAUGCGUUGGAUAAUCCAGAAUGUUGGAUAAGCGAGUGUUGGAUAAGUGAGACUCUACUGUAUAUGCACAAUUUUCAAAAUAUAUGUUUAAUUUUUUUACUAAAUUUAUCAGCAUAGAACAAUGUGGCAUGAAACUUUUAAAAGUCUAUAUGCACCAAUUACCGUUGGGUUUUUAAUGUAUAUACAUUUAUGUUUUGCUUUGCUGUACAAAACUUCUGUUCUGUGUAUUUUAAUACGUAUUUUAUAGAAAUACAUUUUAAUACAUAUCUUUUAUAGAAAUACAUUUUAAGAUGUGUAUUUGUGGAAUUUUUACAACAUUUCUGUGUUUUAAUUAUUCUGUAACCCUCCUCGAGCCACAAGGAAAGGUGGGUAAGAAAUAAAAUUCUUAUUCUUAUUCUUAUUAAUAUUAAUAAUUAUGCUACACUUUAAAACCAGAAAUUUCAUUUUGUCAAGGAUUGGACUUAAAAUCAAACACCAUUUUCAUGGUGUAUUUGGGCAGCUGGUUUAUAUCUCUACACUGUGAAUAUAUCAAAUAACUAAAACAUUCUUGUUAUGACUGAUACGCUUUUGUUUGUGUU